AUGCCUCCAAGAACAAGCGUGUCCAAGAAGUCUGGAGAGAACAAAUUGCCUGAAAAAAAAUCUGCUUGCAAACGGUUUAAUUUGCCUGUGCCGCAAGAUUAUGUGCCACCACUAAAAAGGCGCCGUGAAGCUCGGCGUGAAGCUGUCUCGCUGAAGGCGGAGAGGAAAAUCGCGACAGCGCAAGAGCUGCGAGCGUAUGCGAAACAAACCAAGGAUCAUAAUGAGGUUGUCUUGAUCUACGGUCGUUUUCUGUGGGACUCUUACCACACCACCACACAAGGGAGACAUAUUGUACGUCUGCAUCUUUACGAUGCAGUUACUGACGAUGCCGUUGAGGACUUAUUGGAGAAUUACAAGUAUGAUGGUGAUCACUGCUUCGACUCAGACAAGGAGUUGAUGACAGCUACGUUAUGGGACGAAGUCAAGGGCUGCAACGGAGUCCCGACGCCCGGUGAUAUCGUGUGCAUUUCACGAUUUACUGGUUUGGACGUGUUUCGAGGAGAAGCUUGUCAGUUCAACACUAAACUGUCUGGCAUUAAAGUCGAAGACUUUGGCCAAAAGGAGGGCAGUGACAAAGAAAAGGGCCGUGCACACGAUGGGCAAGAUUAA